UUCCCCUCCAUCCCCUGCUGUGGUCUGUCCCCGAGGGCUGGGGACAUCAGAGACCCUCAAACCCCGGAGUCCACACCGAGGCCGAUUUGGGGCUGGUUGGGCUGCUCCAUUGGGAUACUGCAGCCUGUGAGGGCAUGAGAUUUUUAGGAAUCCCCUCCAGAGCAAGUGAGUAGAGAAAAUUCCACAGCCCUCCCUUCUUUGUGCAUCCUUCUGAAUCCCCCCCUCCAUUACUUUGAAGCAGCCCAUGAGGAGGGUUCCUAGUUCUUAAAUAACACUUUAAUUAAGCCCCUCAGUUAAGCUGUAAACUGUGACUCACUUUCCCCAGGCCAUGACCCUGAAAGCCAGACCCCCCCCACCCCUGUAUUUCUGAACAGCCCCCAGGUGCCCCCCUGGCCUUGGAAGGGUUUCAGCAGCAAUUUCAUCCACCACCCAAUUUAAUUUUUAAUCAGCAGCUCCUCCUUGAAGGGCUUUGUUAAGUAAGGGAGUGGUUGUCCACCCCGCAGCUGCUUAAGGGAUUAGGGGCUGCAAAAGAGCUUUUCCGUGUGAGCUCAUGACACAGAAGAAAGCAGCCAGUUCACAGCUUCACCAUGGAGCCCCCACCUCCCCCUCCCCAAAUUCACAGUCCUGGGAUCCAUCAGGAUCCCACCUUUUGCAAAGCACCUUCACACACCACCCUGGAGCACGCAGGAGAAGCGAAACCCCUGCGAGGGGGAAGAUGCUCUGUUGGGCAGUGGAAGCAGCCCUGGCGCACCUGGAUUUGCUGAGAUCACUUUCUGACAGCCUGAGCUGACACCCACUCCCCAAAUACCUCCUGUCCAGAGCCAAGUGCUGACCCACAUGCUCCAUAUUUGGUAAAUCGGGGUUAUUUAUAGCCCCAGCUAACCGGGAUUAGGUGUGCUGUGCCUAAUCCUCCUGUUUCCCUGCUCCUGCUGACCUCCUUGCCAUUGACAGGAGCCUCUUGUGAGCGUGAGAGGAGAUGGAGAAGCUGAAGAAGAAGAGGCAGGAGCCUGGGCUGGAGCCCGAGGCCAAACCACGGCGGCCACGGGUGAAGAAGCCGAGCGAGGCGGGGGCUGCAGAGGAGCCCCCUGCCCCAGCACAGGGGGUGAAGAAGGUGAGGAAGAAGAAGGAGGAGAAGGGGGAGGAGGAGAGCGACAAGGACCCCUCCUCCAAACUCACCAAGGAGCCUCGGAAGAAGAAGGAAAGCCCAGCUCCCCGCUCCCACGUGGCCAAGGGCCCCAAGAAGCCACAAGAGCCGGCUGAGGAUGAGGAAGAUGAGGAAGAGGAAGAAGAGGUGGAGAAUAAAAACCCGCCAAAAAAGCUCAAGAAGAAGCUUCCCAAAGAGCCCCUCUCAGGCGGGGGGGAGAAGAAGCUGAAGCCGAAGGAAGACAAGAGUGACCCUGACAGCAAAACCAAAUCUGCCAAAAGCACCAAGAAGGAGCCAAUGUCUGUGUUCCAGGUGAAGAAGGAGAAGAAAAACAAGAAGAAAGCUGCCACGAGCAGUGAUGAGGAGGACGAUUCUGACUCCAGCACCAAACCCAUCAGGUCAGAGAAGAAGAAAAACCCAGCAUCCCUCUUCCAGACUGGUGGGGACCCCCCAAAGGAGAAAAAAUCCAAAAAGAAAGUUCCUCCCAAACAGGCUGAGAGUGAGGAGGAGACUCCAGAGACCCUGCAGAAAAACUCCAACAAGAAGGGCAAAGCAAAGAAAUCAAAGAAGCAGCAGAAGGAGGAGAGGCCCCCGUCCCCUGUCAUCGAGGUGGACAACCUGGAGGAGUUUGUGCUGCAGCCGGCGCCGCAGGGGGUGACCAUCAAAUGCCGGGUGACACGGGACAAGAGGGGCAUGGACCGGGGGCUGUACCCCACCUAUUACCUUCACUUGGACAAUGACAAGAAGGUGUUCCUCCUUGCUGGGAGGAAGCGUAAGAAGAGCAAAACCUCCAACUACCUCAUCUCCAUCGACCCCACUGACCUGUCACGGGGUGGAGAGAACUUCAUCGGGAAACUGAGAUCCAACCUGAUGGGUACGAGAUUCACCGUGUUUGACAACGGCGCGAACCCCGACAGGGCCAACGCUGACUGGUCCAACGUGCGCCAGGAGCUCUCGGCUGUGGUCUACGAGACCAACGUUUUAGGGUUCAAAGGCCCCCGGAAGAUGACUGUCAUCAUCCCUGGGAUGAAUGCUGACUGUGAGAGGGUGCCCAUCCGGCCCCGGAACGAUAACGACGGCCUCCUGAUGCGAUGGCAGAACAGGAACAUGGACAAUGUGAUCGAGCUGCACAACAAGGCACCAGUGUGGAACGACGAGACCCAAUCCUACGUCCUCAAUUUCCACGGCCGGGUCACCCAUGCCUCCGUCAAAAAUUUCCAGAUCGUGCACAGCAGUGACCCCGACUACAUCGUGAUGCAGUUUGGGCGUGUGGCGGAUGACGCCUUCACCAUGGACUAUAACUACCCGCUGUGCGCCGUGCAGGCCUUCGCCAUCGCCCUCUCCAGCUUCGAUGGGAAGCUGGCCUGCGAGUAGCACCUGCACCGGGGCUGCCGGGGCCACCGGGGCUGCCAGGACCAUGGGGGCUGCCUGCCAGUGCCCAUAGGAUGCUCCUGCAUCCCUGUCCUGUUCCGCUCCCUGUGUUUCCACCUUCUUGCGGUCACAGUUGUUCUGGGGUGGUUCAAGGCACUUGGUGCCCGCUGAGGGCUGUGGGAUGCUCACCCAGCUGCUGCCACCCUCUCCAGGCAAAUUUGGGGCAAAUUGCUGGGCUGGGGUGAUGGUAGAGCCAGGCUGAGGGUAUAUUCAGCAGAUGAGGCUGACUGCAAUUCCUGUCUCAUCCCUUUGAGAUGUUUCUUGGACUCAGAUCCUGGAAACUCAUCCCCCCCUUUUUUUCUCCUUUUUUUU